CAAAAACAAUAGGAAUCGACCAAUCACAAGCCAUGUUUCUAUGAACUUUAACCUAACCUCAAAAUGGUUUGAAACUCAAUUUCACAGGUUCUAGUCAUCAAAAUUGAGGUUUUUAUUAUCUCAUUGAUGAUUUUUUAACAAUUCGUGACAAUUUGGUUUAAUUUAACUCGAUUUGAAUUGAGUGACAGUUACCUAACCUCAAAGUGUGACAAGAUCAUGAGGAUGGAUAUUUUGUCUGCAAAUAGCGAGAAUUUGCUCUCAAUUUUCCCCCCCAUCUUACGCAAGAACUUCAAGGAGUUGUUUUUGCACGGGAAAAUCGCUUUGACUCCUCUUGCCUUGACCGAUGUUAGACCCACAAAAAGCUACACUCAUGAUAAUCUGAGUUAUUCAUACGCCGUGAAGGUGCCCUACGCCAGUAAACGCCUCAAUUGGGAGUUGAUUUUCUCCCCCGAAGACACGAAAUUCGCCCCCGAUUUUAACUUCAACGACGACUCCUUUCAUUUGGCUUACGACAUCGAUUCAGUCGUUGCGAAUGUCCCCAGUUUGGAGCAGUGGAACGUGCACGACCCCAAAUCCCUCUUCACAGUAUUGAAACAAUUCGUGGGGCUAUACAAAAAGCAACAACUCGAGAAACUCAACGACAAUAUCUACGCCCAUGUUAAUUUCGAGUAUCAGUCACUCGUGAGGGAAAUCAACCCGAAUGAAGUCGAGGUUUACUUGGAACACACGGGGGCACACUUUCUCAUAAGUGUGAGAGUUGACGUUGCAGCCCUACCGGAGUAUUUGCAACCAAUCAUGAGCGGGCAAAACGAUUUUUUGAACCCCGGCGACGACACGUGUUACUUGAAAGUGUCGUUCGUGAAACUGGACGGCUCACGUGUCAACACCUCCCUACAAUUGUCCCCACGUGUCGACCAGUUGGUAAAUCGCAAGUUUUUCCACUUUCCCGACUACUCCAAYCACUCAUCGCUCCCGAAAUACGUGAAAAGUGUCACUGAUUUGCUCCAAGAACACAUUGAAAAACUUGUAGUUUACCACAAACUCAAGAAAGAGUUCAUGACUUGUCUUUGCACAAUACAUGGGGAAAAUAUGCUCGAAUUUGACACGGAAAAGUUUGACAAAGCUGUUGUUUUAUUGGAAGUCGAUGAUUACCAUUGUCUUGUGCAAAUUGAGAUUGGGAAAAUUUUCCCCGAGGAYAGACCCACAGUGACCCUAAUUUCGAUCAAUUGCCACCCUUUGGGGACCACUUGUCGCGAAAAAAUCAACUACGAGUAUGACCCUCACGCAACACCUGAGGAAAUGUUGGCAAAACUGAUCGAUUCUCUCAGCGAAAACAUCCAAAAUUUCAAGAAUCACCAACACUGAUGAUAAAAACAACAACUUUAUUUACAAUAUUUGACUACAAUUGAAACGAAUAAGAUUCUUAUUUAUUUAAAUAAAUCUUUAUAAGUUAAAUUAAA